AUGGAGUCGCAAGGUCCCACGGUAAACUCCGUCGCUAUUGUCUUUGCCGUUAUUAGCUUCAUUGCUGUCGUGCUUCGCUUAUGGGCGCGGAUCAGUAUUGUGCGGUCAGUGGGUGCCGACGACUAUCUCAUCUGCGUGGGUGCUUUACUCUCGUGGUCCUUCAUCGGGUGCACGAUAGCCUCAGUCAACCAUGGCCUCGGCAGCCAUUAUGAGGAUGUCAUAAAACGAGGCACCGAUAAUUUCAUUGCCUACCUCCAAAUUGUUUGGUUAUCCUCCAUCUUUUACAAUGCUUGUCUCGGCUUCAUCAAGAUCUCGGUUCUCGCCCUGUACACCCGCCUCGGCGACAAGGUGCUCCGCAAGACAGCCUUCUUCAUGAUGGGAGUUGUAGGAUGCCAGGCAGGAGCUAACGUCCUUGCUUGCAUCUUCCAAUGCUCACCUAUUCCUGCUGCAUAUGAUAUCACGAUACCAGUGGAGGCGAAGAAGUGCGUCGACAUCAAUGCCUUCUACCUUGCCAACGCGGCCGUCAAUAUCUUCACGGACAUCCUCACCUACACCCUGCCAAUUCCCCUGGUGGCACGGCUCCGUGUUCCGCGACGACAAAAGAUCAGCUUAGCUAUCAUCCUCGGUCUCGGACUCUUCGCGUGUAUCUCCUCCAUAAUCCGAAUCACCUACAUCCCACCCAUGCUCCGAUCCACCGACCAAACCUGGGUCAUCUCCAAUGCCAUGUACUGGUCCGUCAUCGAAACGAAUAUCGGAAUCCUCGCUGCCUCGAUUCCCUCCUACAAAGCUAUUGCCAAGAAGUACGCACCUCGUCUGCUCGGAAGUACUGGUAUUUCCAGCAACAAGCUGUCUGGCUUCAAGCAAAUGCCCGUCGAGCUACGAAACAACAGCAUGCCUAGCAAUGGCGCACCCAAGAGCACUUUUGAGACGAACAUCAAGAAUGGACUUGACGAUAACAGUAGUGAGGAGGUGCUCGUCAUGCCUAAUGGUCAGAUUGGUGUCAAGACAGAUAUUGUCUUCCGAUACGAGAGCAACUUGGAAAAUGGUCAAGGACAUAGCCGCCAGAUUUAA